UGCCAAGAAAGCGAAUUCUUGCGAAGCCGUGACCACCACCCCACACACAUCGACCUCACGACCGAGUCCCGAGACCCAGAAACACAUAUGUACGCUCUAGUUGCUCUGCUUUCCUUUGUCACCGUUCUUUGCGUUUUUCAUUGCUAUAAAGAUGGCUUUGUCGCCUUCGGCCUCGUUGAAGUCUGAUGGGAAAUAAAGAAGUGGGAUCCGAAGCAAUGACGUGUAUUCAGCCUCUUUGCGGCCACUUGUUCACCUUGGAUUUGUGCCAUCUGUUUGUCCUUAUCGAGAUCCUUCCGGAGAAUGAACGUGUCAGCCCCCGGCCCUCCGAUCAUCGUGUCACCGAAAUCUCCAUCCAAGUCGGUGAUCAGGUCGUCACCUGGGCAACGAAGCCACAAAUGCAACUAGGCCCCACUGCAUCAUAAGUAUGUGUAUAUACCUGCACCCCCUUUGACUCGAUCAGUGCCACUAUUACCGGCCAGGUUGUCGUCACCCGGACCGCCAUCCUGCCCGCCACCCACGAUCGGGAGAGAGCAGUGGCCUGUGCGUCUGCAGGUGAGCUGCUUUGGUCUGCCUCCUCACCACAAGGUCAUUGCCAUUGUCGGCAUUUAUGAAAUCCUUCCCAUCUCCUCCAAACAGACGAUCAUCCUGCAUGCGCGACGGUGAACAGGGGAAAAACAAGCACGCUUAUGCACCAGCAGUAACUGUGUGGCAUACCCCAGAUUGUCCAGUGACUUCAUCAUCCCCCGCUCCGCCUGAAUGAACGUACGGAGUCGGAUCAUGGGAACGAUCCCCUCAAGUGUGUGGAGACUGCAAUCGAGAAGCGCUUACCGUCGACUGUAUCGUCACCCGCCUGGCCCCGGAGGAUCUGAAUGUGUGUCACCAAUACGUACACACACGGCCCCACCGUGAAAUCAGUCAACGUUCGCCUAGCUUACGUCGUUUCCUUCUCCUCCAAAUAUCGCAUCAUCCCCUUUUUUGCCUCGCACGAGAUCAUCGCCGCCAAGCGCAUACAUGGUGUCCGCUAGGUCUGUCCCCUCGAGAGCUUUGUUUCUUGGGUAUCCGCCUUUCGAAGCUUCGCCGUCGUCUCCCUCAGUCCCGACGAGGGGCGGCGCAGUGGUCCCUCCCUGGAGUCGCCGACGGAGGGACGGGUUACAGCUGGAAGGAAGAGCGCAUGCCACCGCCACACCUGCCGAGGACAAGUUGCAUUGAGCUCGAGGUUUCUUGAGUCUCAUUCCUUCAUUAGCUUACACAGAAUAAUCAGCCCAAAGCGCAUCUUCGUAUAGAGGUCCUAGCAAGAAGAGAGUCUAAAAGUGUCACGGUGCGGGUAUAGCAAAUAGAGUGCAGCACCAUACACAUCAC